GGAACGCUUCUUUCAACAGCAGCAACAGUUAGUCAGACACCUCGGUAGCUUGCUAGACAAAAUAGCCGAACCAAUAAAGCUCUUUAGACGCUUUAGUGUAUAUUACCCACUGCAUUUUUAACCCACUUCUGUCGUCUAGUUAGUUAUCCGAUUUCAUUUAAUAUUUACGGUGUUGUUAUUAGUCAGCUAACGGGCUGGUUUCAUUAGCAUAGCUAGCGAACAUCUCCGACCAUGAGUUCACCAAGCUACUCUCCUGAUAAAGAAGAGGCGGUCUGCUGGACGGAGAAAGAAGCUCUGGUGAAAGAGGAGAAGGAAGAGGAGGCUGUUUCAAUACAAAAUCAAGUAGAUGGUGAGGCUGUUUCCGUGAAAGAAGAAGAGCAAGACGUUAGAGUGAAAGAAGAGGAAGACGCGUUCAGAGUGAAAGAGGAGGAGGAUGUUACAGUAAAAGAAGAGGAGGAAGAGAAAGAGGAUGAUGCAGUUUUUGGAGUGAAAGAGGAGGAGGAGAUGACUGUCACAUCCAAAAAAAAGGAGGAAGGAGAGGAGGAAACUGGACAUCUGGGCCCGGUUUCCCAAACGCAUCUUAAAGCAUCCAAUGGUUCUAACGGUGAACUUAGCCAUAAGAUGCUUUUGAGAAACCGUUCCCUGAUUAAUACUAGAGAGAGAAGUGAUUAUUGUGGAUCCUCUGGGGAGCCUCAACAACCUCAUAAUGCUGACGAGGCAGAGAAAAGUAUCUUCAGAUCAGAACACAUCAAGAAACACCAGCAGAGACCCACAGGGAAGAAACCUCACCACUGCUCUGACUGUGGGAAGAGUUACUUAAGAUCAAAUUCACUGAAAGUACACCUGAGAAUACACACUAGAGAGAAACUUCACUGCUGCUCUGACUGCGGGAAGAGAUUCACCUCUUCAGUAGACCUUAAAAUACAUCAGAGAAUUCACACUGGAGAGAAACCUUAUGGCUGUGAUCAAUGUGGGAAAAGUUUUAGUCAGCCAAGCAACCUGAAAUCCCACCAAAGAAUACACACAGGAGAGAAACCAUUUAGCUGUAAUCAAUGUGGUAAGAGUUUUAUUCAGUCAAGCAGCCUGAUAGUGCAUCAGAGAACACACACAGGAGAGAAAUGUUAUAGCUGUAAUCAUUGUGGGAAGAGUUUCACUCAGUCAAGCAGCCUGAUAGUGCACCAGAGAACACACACAGGAGAGAAGCCAUAUGACUGUCCUCAAUGUGGGAAGAGUUUUGUUACAUCUGGCAGCCUGAAGACACACCAGAGAACACACACGGGAGAGAAACCUUAUAGCUGUGAUCAAUGUGGGAAGAGUUUUACUCAGCCAAACAGCCUGAUAGUACAUUUGAGAACACACACAGGAGAGAAAUCUUAUAGCUGUGAUCAAUGUGACAAGAGAUUCUCUGAUAAAAGAUUUAUGAUCAAACAUCAGAAAAUACAUACAUGAAGGAGUUGUUUCAUGAUAUCAAUGAAAUAAAGUCACAAUGUGGAAUGUUUUUUAAA